AUGCGCGAUGGCGUGGAGAUCGCCUUGCGCAUUUACCGGCCUGCGGGGCCGGGGCCGUUUCCGGUCCUGUAUGCCGCAUCGCCUUACCGCUAUGACAACAACGAGUUGCCGGCCACACCGCAGUUUUUGUGGCGGGAGACCGGCCCCAUCGAGUGGUAUGUCGAGCAGGGUUAUGCCUAUGUGCAUGCCGACGUGCGCGGCACCGGCAUGUCGGGUGGCGACUAUGGCCUUUUCAGCGAGGCGGAGCAGCGCGACCAUUACGAACUCAUCGAGUGGAUAGCCGCGCAGGCCUGGAGCAACGGCAAGGUGGGCGGCAUAGGGCAGUCGUAUUACGCGAUGUCGCAGUGGCACAUGGGCAUACAGAACCCGCCGCACCUGGCCUGCAUAGCGCCGUAUGACGGCAUGCUGGAUUUCUACCGCUUCUUCGGCACGCUCAACGGCAUCGAAUCUGACUGGUUCGGCAUCUGGUUCAACAGCAACGUUCGUGUAGCCAACAAAUACCCUGCCAAUGGCGGCAGGCCGCGCGAGUUGCCGCAAGACAUGGCCUAUCUGGUCGGGCAGCACCCCCUCAACGACGCUUUCUGGAAGGAGCGCACUGCAAUAAACCGUGUGGGUAAGAUCAAGGUGCCGGUAUUUUCAAUCGGCGUAUGGGCCAAACAGGACCUGCACCUGGAGGGCAAUAUCCUGGCAAGCCGGCUGCUGGGUGACAAAUGCAAGCUGCUCGUCAGCGGUGUGCCAACGCCUUUCCAUGCAGCGGGUGAGUUUGAGUCCAUCCCGUUCCACCGCGAUGUAUUGCUGCCGUUUUACGACCGCUAUCUGAAGGGCAUUUCUUCUGCAUAUGACGCGAGACCGCCGAUUGAAUACCCGGUACGCAACUCGCAGAUCAGGAAGCAGGGUACGGCCUGGCCGCCUGCAAACGCGCGGCGCGAGAAGUUGUUUUUGGGUACUGUCAAAACCGGCUCUGUCAAUUCCGUUAAUGACGGCUCACUGCACCGCGAUGCAGAGGCGGGCGAGGGGCGCGACGCCAGCCUGACCUGGAGCUAUCCGCAUCCCGAUUGGGUGCUGGGUACAGCCGUCAUCACGCCACAAGGCCCCGACACGGUGCGCGGUGUGCUGACCUUCACCAGCCCGCCGCUGGAGAACGACAGGAUCAUGGAGGGCAAUGCCAAGGCCGUCAUCCAUGUUGACAGCACGCGGCGUGACACGGAUGUGUUCGUCAAGAUAAGUGAGCAGUUCGCACCUGAUGCCGCAGCGCCCCAAGGCGCACAGCCGCGCGCGGUCAUCGUGACCAAGGGCUGCCUGCGCGCCUCGCAUGCCCUGUCACCCAACGCACGAGACCCCAAACUCAGUACGGCCGAUACCCCGUAUUACCUGCACGAAUCCGAGACCUUUUCCAAACCCGGCACAUUGCUGAAGCUUGAGAUCCCGCUGCGAUCCAUGGCCUACCAGUUCAAAAAGGGGAGCCGCAUCCGGGUUGAGGUUGCCAACACCGACACGCCUGUGACCGAAGUGGUCUGGGCGCACGUCUACAACCCGCAAAAGAUGGGCUCCGACACCAUCUACCUUCGUGAGCCGCAUGCGUCGUAUGUCGAGAUCCCGUUUGUGGACUGA